CUCUUCUUACCCACCGUGACAAUCCAAUUGCUUGGACGGAGUGUUCUCGUCCUCUUUUUUACUCUCUUGUUUCUCUGUCCCCAAGUGGGAAUCUCUUAGUGCCUGAAGAACACCGCCUCGUGAGCCACAUGCGGCCCUCGAUCUAGGACUUCAACCCUUUUGAGAUCCUCUACCUGUCCAGCGCGUCGGUUUUGGUCGAAACAAAGAGCACUACGGCGGUAAUUCUCGCAGGCCUUGGCCCCUGCGGACCGUCUCAACCCUCUCAACGCCUUCAACAGGUCGUCUUACACCGCUUCACCGACUCUCCCCUGCCAUAAUGGCUACCUCAUUUAUCUCCAAGAGAUUGCGCGCCACCGAGGCUGAUCAGGAUGCGGAACCAAGCUGGAUUCGCCGUCAGGUCACUUCCGGUCUCCAAUGCAUAUCUCGCCGUGCCUGUGUGCACCCUAUCCACACCAUUGUGGUGAUUGCGCUGCUCGCCAGCACUACCUACGUCGGUCUGCUCGAGGGCAGCCUGCUGGACACUGCGCGUAAUCCUCGCAAUGUUGCGGGACAAGUCGAUGUCGAUACGCUCCUCCAAGGCAGUCGUAAUCUGCGCCUCGGCGAAUCAACUGCGUGGAAGUGGCAGGCCGAGGAUUCUUGGGUCGACUCGACUCAGAUUGAGCAGCCUGCGGCUCGUCACCUCGCCCUGACAACCUUCAUUUUCCCCGAUUCCAACUUCAAGUCGGCGUCUACCGCUCCAGCGGUUGAGGACGUUCCAGUCCCUGCCAAUGUUUCCGCCCACCCUGUCCCGCAUACCCCCAACUUGUUCUCGCCCUUCUCCCACGAUUCCUCUCUCGCGUAUACCGUGCCGUUUGAACAAGUCCCCGACUUCUUGAGAGCCGUACAGGAGAUCCCUAACCCAUCCGCCGAGGAGGAGGAAGAGGAGUCAAAGAAAUGGAUUAUGAAGGCCGCUCGCGGUGCCACCGGAUCCCGAACUGCCCUCAAGCUCUGGAUUACUGAUGCGUGGAGCUCGUUUGUGGAUAUUAUCAAGCAUGCCGAGACCAUUGACAUUGUCAUCAUGGCUCUUGGUUACCUCUCGAUGCACUUGAGCUUCGUGUCUCUCUUCUUCUCUAUGCGUCGUCUGGGAUCUAACUUCUGGCUGGCCGCUACUGUGCUCUUCUCUGGAUCUUUUGCUUUCCUGUUUGGUCUUUUGGUUACUACCAAGCUUGGUGUCCAGAUCAACCUUCUCCUGCUUUCCGAGGGUCUCCCAUUCCUGGUUGUGACCAUUGGCUUUGAGAAGCCUAUCAUGUUUACUCGCGCUGUUCUGAAAGCUUCCGUUGACAACCGUCGUCCCCGCCCCGGUGCUGCCCCCCGUCCCCUGACCUCAAGCACCCCUGGUUCCAUUCAGGACUCAAUUGCUACGGCUAUCAAGGCUCAGGGCUUCGAGAUUAUUCAGCACUACUGCAUUGAGAUCGGUCUGUUGGCUAUGGGUGCCGCCUCUGGUGUCCAGGGCGGUCUCCAGCAGUUCUGCUUCCUCGCGGCCUGGAUCCUGUUCUUCGACUGUGUUCUGCUCUUCACCUUCUACACCACUAUCCUGUGCAUCAAGUUGGAGAUUACUCGCAUCAAGCGCCAUGUUGCACUGCGCAAGGCCCUGGAGGAGGAUGGUAUCACUCACAGUGUCGCUGAGAACGUCGCCUCUAGCAACGACUGGCCCACCGCUGGUUCGGACGGCAGCGAGGGUGACACCAGCAUCUUCGGUCGUAAGAUCAAGUCCAGCAAUGUGCGCCGUUUCAAGAUCCUCAUGGUUGGUGGUUUGAUUCUGAUCAAUGUCGUGAACCUGUCCGCCAUUCCCUUCCGUAACACUGGAAAUGGCGCCCUGAUCUCCCGCUUGUCCAACGUCAUGGCUCCCGCCCCCAUUGAUCCCUUCAAGGUUGCUGAGAACGGUCUCGACGCUGUUUACGUGGCCGCCAAGAGCCAGAAGCAGGAGACUAUGGUUACUAUCAUCCCGCCCGUCAAGUACAAGCUGGAGUACCCCUCUGUCCACUACGCGCCUAACGAGGAUUCUGGCUCCUUCGAUAUUGAAUACUCCGAUCAGUUCCUGGAUGCAGUUGGUGGCAAGGUCCUCGAGAGCCUGCUCAAGAGUGUGGAGGAUCCCAUCAUCAGCAAGUGGAUCAUCGCUGCCCUGACUCUCAGCAUCAUUCUCAACGGUUAUCUCUUUAACGCUGCUCGCUGGAGCAUCAAGGAGCCCGAGCCCGUCAUCGAUGCCCCCAAGGAGCCUGUGGCCCCUAAGGUCUACCCCAAGUUCGAGCCCAACGAGGAAGAGUCCACCCGGACAAUGGAGGAAUGUGAAGUUAUGCUCAAGCAGAAGCGUGCCCCCUUCUUGAAGGAUGAGGAGCUCAUUGCUCUGUCUCUCAAGGGCAAGCUCCCUGGUUAUGCUUUGGAAAAGACUAUGGAAAACGAGGAGUUGAUGAGCCGCGUGGAUGCCUUCACUCGUGCGGUCAAGAUUCGCCGAGCUGUUGUCGCCCGUACCCCUGCCACCUCCGCUACCACUAGCUCCCUGGAGACCUCCAAGCUUCCCUUCGAGCACUACAACUACGGUCUGGUCCAUGGCGCUUGCUGUGAGAACGUUAUCGGUUACUUGCCUCUCCCUCUUGGUGUUGCCGGUCCCAUCAACAUUGAUGGUCAGAACUACUUCAUCCCCAUGGCUACCACCGAAGGUGUCCUGGUUGCCAGUACUAGCCGUGGUUCCAAGGCUAUCAACGCUGGCGGUGGUGCUGUCACUGUUCUGACCGGCGAUGGCAUGACUCGUGGUCCUUGUGUUACUUUCCCUACCCUGGCUCGGGCCGCCGCCGCCAAGGUCUGGAUCGACUCGGAAGAGGGUAAGAGCAUCAUCACUGCUGCUUUCAACUCUACGAGUCGUUUUGCUCGUCUCCAGAGUCUGAAGACUGCUCUUGCUGGUACCUACCUCUACAUCCGUUUCAAGACCACCACUGGUGACGCCAUGGGUAUGAACAUGAUCUCCAAGGGCUGUGAGAAGGCUCUUGAUGUCAUGUCCAAGGAAUGUGGUUUCGAUGAUAUGUCAAUUAUCUCGCUCUCCGGUAACUUCUGUACCGACAAGAAGUCGGCUGCUAUCAACUGGACCGAUGGUCGUGGCAAGUCCGUGGUUGCCGAGGCUAUCAUCCCUGGUGACGUUGUCAAGAGCGUCCUCAAGAGUGAUGUCGAAGCCCUGGUGGAGCUGAACAUCAGCAAGAACCUGAUCGGUUCCGCCAUGGCUGGCAGCUUGGGUGGCUUCAACGCUCACGCUUCCAACAUCGUCUCUGCUAUCUUCCUGGCUACUGGUCAAGAUCCCGCCCAGAACGUGGAAAGCAGCAGUUGUAUCACGACCAUGAAGAACCGCAAUGGUGAUCUCCAGAUUGCCGUCUCCAUGCCCUCUAUUGAGGUCGGCACCAUCGGUGGUGGUACCAUCCUUGAGGCGCAAUCGGCCAUGCUUGAGAUGCUCGGUGUCCGUGGUGCUCACCCCACCACCCCUGGUGAGAACGCCCGCCAGCUGUCCCGCAUUAUCGCGGCCUCCGUCCUGGCUGGUGAGCUCAGCCUGUGCGCUGCGCUCGCCGCCGGCCACCUUGUCAGGGCCCACAUGGCGCACAACCGCAGUGCGGCGCCUACCCGGUCCUCGACCCCCGUGUCCGCUGCCGUGGGCGCUACCCGUGGCCUGUCCAUGACCUCUAAAUAAAGAGACCGCGACCACUCCCAUCUGGCCUGCGGUAAUGAGUCUCUGUAUAUCGUCCCGCGACCCAUGACACCCUCAUGAUACCAUCCUGAUGUAGACUGUCAGGCAAGCACAUCGUCUUGCCUUUCUUUUUUCCCUCACAUCUUUAAAGCAUUGCAUCAAAUUCCUCAUCCCCGGUGACUGGUCCCUCUCGGGACCUAUUAUACGAGGGACGUGCGAGGAAAUUUACCUGUGAUGGUACCUCUGCCAAUGGAUCAAUUGAUCCUCGGCUCCUUUUCACGGGACCUUCCCCUUGGAGGGUAACCCUUGGGUAAAACCGCUACUCAGCGGAUAUGAGCUACGCUCCUGUUCUACAUUUUGUACUUAGUGUUUCCGGAUAGAUAUGUCGGCCGAUCAUGGCCUAUGAAACGUGUAUUUUGGGUUCAAAUCAAUAUUCCUUUUAAUCA